AUGAUGGAUGAUAUAAAAAUAAGUUAUGAAGAAAAAGAAAAAUUUCAAAAAGCCUUUAGACAACAUGAAUUUCGAAUUUUAUUUGAUGAAUAUUUUGAUGAAAUAUCAGACGGAAAAUAUAGAAAAGAAAAAGAGGACUAUUUAUUAAGUUUAUAUUUUAAAGGGGAAUUAAAAAAAGACCAAAUUUUAAUUAAGCCUAAUGAAGUAUUUUGUGUUAAGACAAAAAUCUUAUAUUCAAAUCAAAUGAAUCAAAACUUAUUUAUAAAUAUAUGCACACAUCCAGGUAUUUAUAGUAUUUCAUUUGAGAGCAUUUCAGUAGGAAAAAUUAGCAUACCUUAUUCACUAUCCCAAAUUCGACCUGACAAGCAAGGAGAUCAGAUAUGUUGCCUUACAAUAGAUUGCUGUGUUAAUCCUUUAACUGUGGAUGCAAUAAGAGCAUAUAAUGAAGUUUUAAAUUUUUUGCUCGAAAAUGUUUGUCAAUGUAUAGAACAAAAUUUUAUGAAAGAUAAUGAAAAGGUGUGUCGAGAUUUUAAAAUUUUAAAUGAUAUAAUUUGUAAAGGUGAUAAACCCUUUUUAUUAUGUAUAAAUAAAAACUCUAUCAUAAAAAGUGUUUUAAUAGAUGAAGAAAAAAAGCUAGAUCAAUUAAAAAAAGAAUUUGAAAAUAAAGAAACUAUUACAACAGAAAAUGAUGUUAAUAAACUUUUGAAUAAAAGUAAGAUAAAAACAGAAAUAAAAAAUAAUAUCCAAUAUGAUGAGAGCAAUGUGAUACAAACUGAUGAAAAUGAUUUAAAUUCAUGUGAAAAAGAUGUUUCGAAAAAUUUGAAAAAAAAAGAAAAACAAAAAUAUUUCAUAUAUCAUCAAGGCUCAUUAAAUACAUCAUCCUUUUUCAAACUAAAAGAGUAUGAACAUAUUUCUCUAAAUUUACCAAAUAAAAUAAAAAUUUUAAUAAAUAUUGAUAACUAUGUUAAGAAAAAGGAUAUCAAAAUAGAUAUAAAAGAAAAAAAAAUGGAAGUUAUAUUUAACAAUAUUGAAGAAAAUUUAAUAAUUGAUUUGCCAUAUCCAUGUGAUUCCAAAGAUUAUUUAUGUAUUUUAAAAAAUAAAAAAAAAAUAGUUGAAAUAUAUUUAAAUUUAUGCAAAGAGUUUGUCAAAAGUUAUACUGAAAGAUUGUAUAGAGAAUAUAUUUAUAAAGAAAUAGAUGAUAAUAAGGGAGGCUCAGAUUCGUUGGAAUAUAUUGAUGAUUUAGUGAAGCAUUACGAAGUAGAAGAAUCACAAAAUGAAAAGAAUGAAAUACAAAACCCUGUCAAAUUUAGUGAAAAUAUAUCAUUAGAUGAUUCUAACUCUUUAUCGGGAAAAUGUACAGAAAAGGGUUCAGAAAAUGAACAAGACACAUCAAUAGAAUAUUCUAGAUGUGCAGACAAAGAUAAAAUAGUAAUAAAUAACCCUAAAGAUUCAUCAAAUAAUUGUCUAAAUUUUGAUGAAAAAAAUUUUUUUUUUAAUUUUAACAUAGAUACAAAAUUUAAUAAAGAUUCUAAUAAUAAGUCUAAUGAUAUAGAACCAUGCACAUCUGAAGAAAAUAAUAAAAAAGAAAAAAAUAUUUAUAUAAAAAGUGAUAUGAAUAAUGAUGAAAACUAUAUAGAUGAAUAUAAUAUUAAUUUACAAAACUAUCAAAAUAGUAAAUAUAAUACAAAUGAUGUUAAAAAUGUUUGUACUUCGAAAAAUUUAAAAAUCGAGAUGGUUCAUGAUAGAAAAAUUUAUAAUUCCAAACAAAUUGAUAAAAAUUUUAUAUUAAAUGAAUAUAAUAACAAAACUGAUUAUGUAGUGAAAAAAAAUAAGGACAAAAUAGAGAUGGAAAAUUUAAUUUUUGAAUUUAAUGAACAAGAAUUGUUUAAUUAUGAUAAUAUGUACGAAAAUAUAAACAAGGAAAUGUUUUUUUCAUCCAUAUUAUGGGCAGCAUAUAUAUGA